CAAAAUGGCGGUAGAAACGAAUGUAAGGUAUGUUUAAAACGCGAACUUUUUGAAUCAAAUAUCCAGCGUAAUACAGGUGUACGAAGCAUGCCGAUGACAAGAAGCUCUACCGCGGGGCUAAGAAAGUCUUUGGAUAAAUCAAGACGUAGCGAAGACUUCGCUAAUGGCGCAGAUACAACUGUUAAAUACAUAUGGCAGGUUCGUUUCGAGUUCGUAUCUAAUUACAUUUAAUCGUAAUAACAUUAUUACAAUCUUAUAUUAUAUAUUUUUCUAUACUCUUGGAGAAUUCUUAUCUUGUAAGAAUAAUAAAUGUAAUAAAAAAUUAAGGUAAGUGUGAUCGGAAAGGUUGCUGUUGUUCAGUUCGUUCAGCUGAUACCAUUUCUUAAUUUUCUUUUAACUUUCUUUUUGCUUGUUAAUGCCUUCUAUUAUGUACAUUAAUGGUUGAAUUAUUUGAUACCAGAUAUGUUUCUUACAUGCCAUCUUGUCGACCUGUAACACUUUUUUUCUAUGUGUGUCCUCAUCCAAUGUGGAAAGUUUGUAUCGCACGGCGGAUAUCUCCAGCACAACAAUUUUGAUGCUUUCUAUAUAUUUACUAUUAAAUUUUCGAAAUCUCCGGCGCGCAAUUUCCAAACUUUCCAGUCUGGGUCCUCAUUAAUCCAGACUGGAAAGUUUGGAAAUUGCGCGCCGGAGAUUUCGAAAAUUUAAUAGUAAAUAUAUAGAAAGCAAAAUUGCGUGCUGGAGAUAUCCGCUGUGCGAUACAAACUUUCCACACUGGUCAUCAAUAAGCCCAGAACUCUCUGCGAGGGCAGAGUCCACAUCAUAAUGUGAGGAACCUCAGUUUUUUAUCCAUCUAUUCUUCAAUGUAUAGUAAAAAAGUUGACUUCAUUAUCAUGAUGGUUUUUAGUAUUCAGAAACUCAUCAGCAAUUCAACCCAUCAGAAAUGAAUGAAUAUAUUGACACAAAAAGAAAGGAACGAAAUCAAAGGUAUGGAUGGACAUUAAGUUGUUAAUAAUGAUUAACUUUCAUUAGUAUUUUGUUGUUAUGACAAGUAAUAUGAUGAUUGGAAUAUUGUACAUGCAUGGUUAUGUUUUGUAAAAUCCUGUUACUUUAUAAAAGUUAUUCAUUUGUUGUCAAGGUUGUUCAGCAAGCCUCAACAAUCAGCUGCAUCUAAUCCUGAAAAUGUCUCCACAAACAGUUCUGAUGAAGUAAGACUUGUAAUAUUUGCUGAAUAAAUGGCAAUGCAAAUGAACAGGGUGUUGUUGACACAGUGGUUCAUUGAGCAUGUACGACCAUGGUUCAUCUCUCACAUUAUGAAGUUGUCUGAUCAAAAAAGUGCUUCCGAUUUGGCUCUACUUUGGCACUGCAUGAUUUCUUAGAGUGCAGUAAUCCACUUUUCUCAAGUAGAAAAUUGACAUUCCUGAGGUACAGUAAGGGCAUUAUGAAAUGCCCUUACUGUACCUCAGGAAUGUCAAUUUAGAAAUGAAGCUCACUAUCCAGAAUAAGUGUGGUUUAGUUUGAUUUUGCACAGCAUACUCCUUUAUCAGCUUAGAGAGAUAUUUUUCUAUUUUCAUUACAUCAGGUCAGCAAUGGAAGAACUGAACAGACAAAACUCAACAUAAAAAAAUGUAUCCUUCUGGUUGCAGCAAUUUAAAUUGUGCUCAUGAAACAGUCAUGAAAUGUCCAUGAAACAGUCAUGAAAUGUCUGUGAAACAGUCAUGAAAUGUCCAUGAAAGAGUCAUGAAAUGUCCAUGAAACAGUCAUGAAAUGUCUGUGAAACAGUCGUGAAAUGUCCAUGAAACAGUCGUGAAAUGUCCAUGAAACAGUCGUGAAAUGUCCAUGAAACUCAUGAAAUGUCUGUGAAACAGUCAUGAAAUGUCCAUGAAACAGUCAUGAAAUGUCCAUGAAACUCAUGAAAUGUCUGUGAAACAGUCAUGAAAUGACCAUGAAACAGUCAUGAAAUCUCUGUGAAACAGUCAUGAAAUGUCCAUGAAACAGUCAUGAAAAUGAAAUGUCUGUGAAACAGUCAUGAAAUGUCUGUGAAACAGUCGUGAAAUGGCCAUGAAACAGUCAUGAAAUGUCCAUGAAACAGUCACGAAAUGUCCAUGAAACAAUCAUGAAAUGUCUGUGAAACAGUCAUGAAAUGACCAUGAAACAGUCAUGAAAAUGAAAUCUCUGUGAAACAGUCAUGAAAUGUCUGUGAAACAGUCGUGAAAUGGCCAUGAAACAGUCAUGAAAUGUCUGUGAAACAGUUAUGUGAAGCAAUUGGUCCUGAGCUACAAGCACAAACUUUAGAAACAAAUAAUUUCAUCACUAAAGUUUAUGAGGUUUGGUGUUGUGUUUAACCCAUAAGCUGCAAUGUAUCAAUCCAAAUGUGCCCUACUUUUUUAUUUUACUCUGACUAACACCAAACAAUUUUACUCAUCAAGGGGAGAGUCUUGUACAUUUUUGGGUUAAAAAUCUGUAAAUUAAUUUGCACACAUAUACAUGUAGUGGUAACUAUAAGUACAGAAGACACCAAGGUCUAGUCAGUUACUCUGUGUUCAAAGUGUUAUUGUUCAAAUUUUUUAACCAAUGCCACAGCAUUAAGAAUGUUAGAUGAUGCUGUCGCUAGUCCUAGACGUACUGGAUCACCACUACUUCGUACGGUUGCUACUCCUACAUCGAUACUCAGAGGAAAUCAACAACCUUUACCCACACUUAAGCACAGUUCAUGUAAGUAAUUGCUGCUUACUUGUAGACCAGUAACAUACACUUGAUAACUUGGCACCUGUCAACUAUUUUGCUCAUCAUAUUCUCCAGACACACCAAGUGGUCGCUCAUCUUUAGCAGAAGGCAGCUUUGAUCUUCAGGUAUGGUGUAAUAGAGAGUGCUCUUUUAGCAAAAGAAGUGGUUUUGAAAUACACACACAUGCUCUUUCUACAGUAACAACAAUGACACACUGCAGACUAUUUUCUCCUUAGGCCAUCAUGGGAAUGCCUUGAUGUGUGAUUGCACCCGCAUGCCUUAUUAACAACUCCUAAAAAGUGUGAUUUGUUGCACACCUCCAUUAAGCUGCAAUGCAAAAUGCAAUGCAGAAGACCCUACACUAUAAAUUUACACUAUACUGUAUAUUUCAACAGAAAUUAUGAAGCAUAGUGACAUUCUAAAAUCCAGCACAAUAGUCUGCUUUUUUAUAAUCUGACUAUAUUUGUGACUGUAACGUGCUACUUCCCUUCCAUUAGACUACCUUGUGGAAAGCCGGCUUAAAAGCUGUAUUAGGUGCUUGGCUAGCACCCUAAAACGAAACUCAACUGAUGACUUCAAGGUGUGAGCUUCUGUGUGACAACCUAAUUUUUGUACUCUGAACCUUUCACAGAAUACAUCGUUUUUAAACAUGGUUGGAACAACACCAGGUCGUUCUAAACUUGGUCCAGCUGGAAGACAUUUUGAUGUGAGUUUGAUCUCUAAGUUGUAUGUGAGAGCAUUUCAUGGUAGCUUGGUCGCAGCGCCAUGUUUUGAAACCGUUCCCGUGUCGUGAAAUACGAUUAUGCAUGCAGCUUGGCAGACCCACAUUCCAAAAUAUGGUGCUGUGAGCAGGCUAUGAUAUUGGACGCAUUCACCACAACAGUUGAGUGCAUCGGUUUCUCCUUUUUUAGGCUACGAUCUCGCUCAUGGACGACAGUGGUUACACAAAACCUGUUACUCCGACUGGUCAAUAUUUUUUAGAGGUACUAUAAUUACUAUAGCCCUACCAGCAGCCUCGUACUCUGGUGUGCUACGCUGUCAUGUGACGCGCGCGUGUGGAAAUUUUACCGGCAGCUGAUAUACCGCGAGCAGUAUGUCUAUGUAUGCAAUAAAGUCAAUGUAUGUAGUGUUGGAUUCCCAAUGUACAUGUCAGGGAUGGCUCCAGCAAGAUCUGAUAGGGAGCCUUGUUCAUGGUUUGGGGUGCACUUGGCAAUAAAAAGGAUUGAAAGAACAGAAAGAUGUAGUUUAAUUUGCUUUCUCCUGCGUGUGUCAAUAGUUAUCAAAUUGACUACCAUCUACUCGCUGGAAUUAGCGCGAGGCUAGCGCAAACGCGCUUUUCCCCGCUGUUAACACGAUGGAACUUAUACAGAAAAGGAGAAAAACUAAAAAAGAAAGUCUCAUAGGAGGUGAAGACAUCGUUCUGGCCUCUCUUAAUAAUGACAGACGUCGUAUUGUACGUCUUGUACAGCACAUUGGGUAGCCUAAACCACAGGUAGUUCUCUGUCUAUACAUAUUUUGUAGAUAUAAAUGGUUUUUUAAUGGUAUUUGUUUUGUAGGAUAUUGAAGACAAGACGACUGAUAUUACAAAGUCUACCACAUAUUCAGAAAUGGACGUUGUAGAAACAGGUGCAAUAAUGUAAUACUUGAAAAGUCAUCAGCAUUGCUGAUGAUGACAGCAAAAUAGUCGAAGCGUUGAAUAAGAAUGUUAACCGUUUUCGGAGUGUUUCUUGUUUUGUUUUUUCUAACAUUACUCAGUGGUAACCGUAACUUUCAAGCCAUUUUGUUCAGGCUUUAGCGCUUGCCUUUGAAGCAGGCAAAGAAGCGAGGGCUUACAGGAUUCCUAGCGGUCUUUGAAAUCCUUGAAAGUCUUUAAAUUGGAAUGCAGGUCUUUGAGGUCUUUGAAAAGUCUUUAAAUUGUGUGAAAAAGCAAAGAAAGUCUUUAAAAGUCUUUAAAUUCUUUAGUGAGGAAUUGAUUAUACGAUUUCCUAACUAAUAAAAUAGAUUGAUUGAAUCAAGAUUUUCGCAAAUAUCGACGAAAAUGCGCAUUUUAGGAUGUGAUUUGACGGGACUAAUUACUGGGUAAAAAUGGUGCUUACACUCACAAUUUUUCGACAGUUGAUUGCUCUCAAAGGUCUUUGAAAAGUCUUUGAAAAUAGGAAGAAAAAAUCUUUGAAAGUCUUUGAUUUUUUUUGGUCUUGGAGACUACGAACCCUGGCUUAUAUUCAGAAAAUUUAGCGCAUGGUUCUUACCUUUUCCUUCUGUUUUCAUAGCAUUUGAUGUUCUACUGGAGGGUUUUACAAAAUGUCUUACAACACUGACACAUUCGACUCAAGUUUUUCAGUUGGUCGAGGAAUAUGAAAGGGUGAGUUUUCUGUAUUUUGUUUCUUCCAGGUUUAGUUGUGUAUUGCACAAAGUCGGAACUUGAAUACUUUUGUUUCUAGUUGUGUAAUGAGACAGCAUCUGCAAUUUACAAUUUUGCAACGAAAAGCACUCCUGGUAGAGCAAGGUAAGCAUUUGGGAGAAGCAGAUACAACUUGAUGACAUCAGCUUUAGAAAGAAAAUUUUGUAACAAGUCUGGGAUAAUAUUAAAAAAAGUUUUGUUGUUUUAAUCUCUAUCGCAGAUUUUCCAAACGAAUCAAACACAUGGAUGCUACAAAUCAAGAAAAAUACACAUGGCGUCUUAUUGGCUAUUUAUUCAGGUUGGAAUUUGUUUAAUUUACAAAUACUCUAUCAAUAGCACUAUAUGGAUGGAUGAUGCCGCGGUCUUAAGACCAUUUUCUACUAGGGAACUUGUUCACGCCAAGCAACUUGUCAGCAUGCCUUAUCACAACCUCGUACUCAAAGGACAGAAGGAGAGACCCUGGGAACGAGGUUGCCCUUAUCAUGUUAGCAGCAGCGAUGCUGACAAAGGAAAAAGUCGCUUCGCUCGAAAAAAUGCGCCUAGUGGAAAACGGGCUUUAGCCAGCCUGUUCGCAAGUUCGCAAUUAGCCUUUUCCCAAAAGAGAUCACAGUGCAUUCUGGGAUCGUUUCGAGGAACAAAAUGUAUGGUGACAGGCGUCAAAUAAGACAAAUAUGUGAAAGAGUAGAAGUAUCUACUAUCAAAAUCAACUUUUCAGACAACCAAAAAUGAAAUAUCUCCUUUUUACAUUAAACAUUUAAUUUAAAUGUGUGCUGCCAUAUUUCUUGUCCCUCCAACAUGGGAUUCGCGCGACCAGACCCAGGACUUUGGGAAAUGGCUAAUUGGAUUUUGUCAGUGAUUUCGUUCUCUUAAUAAACCAUAAAAAAUAUACAGUAAUAAUAUGCAAAAUUGCCAGAAAGUACUGUAUGUCUACACCAUCCAAAGAAAUUCACCACGGGGACCGGGCUGUAGACAUAUAGGGGAUAGUCCUUUAUAUUUGAAUUUUUGUCACAAUUUCAUUUUAGGGACAGGCUGGAGAAAAGUGUUGAGAAUGAAGACGAUCUUUUGUCAGAGACUGUUGUUGGGGAAAUUGUAAGCAUGCGUACACUAAUCAUAGCUAUAGUGUAAUAUCAUAUGUAUCAUAACCUCUGCUAUAUUUACGUUUUUUCUCAGGCAAAGAAUAAAAGUGAAAAAGAAAUAGUCUUAGACUUAUUUAAAAAAGAAGCCAGCACCCGUCGUAACCAGGUACAGUGGUGAUAUAACUGUCUUUGAAAAAUUCGUUUGAAACUUUGAAUCGCGCUAUACAAUUCAGUAUUUCAGUUAGGUUCAAUUCAAUAUUGAUGUUUCGACUUAAUAUUUCGCCAUAUUAGACUCAGAAGAAUCCAACAAGUUAUAAUAUCUGACUUUACAACAAUAAACGUGACGUAAUAUUGAUUGCUCCAGAACAGUGUUUUUGAACAUUUCAUGAUUUUAGUUGGUUAUUGAUUGGUUGGAAAAGAACAGUGAGGAUUGGUUGGAUAAUUUUAUUGAGUCUGAAAACGUCGAAUUCUUUGGAAACUUUUACAAUUGGUAAUUAAAUUAUACAUUUUUCAAUGUAGAAAGUAUUUUUGCAAUAAAAUCGAAAUAUCACGACUCAUUGACUCUCGAUCAUCAUCGUGUUUUAAUUCUACUUUGUAUUGCAUUUUUCAACAUGAUUUGAUUUUUGAUUUUCGGAUUUUGUUUCAUUCUCUAAUGCUUUAUCACUUGUGUAUUGAUUCAAGGGAAAACACUCUUCACUCGUUGGAACAGUCAGGACCAAUGACAGCUCCGAAACGUCCUUUUGUGACAGAGAUGGUAAGUGGCGGACACAUCGCUCACUGCAGUACAUCCACACCGAGUUCACACCUUUUUAAGGCUCUGCGCACUCCCUUUAACUGUCAAAAUGUACCCAAAACUGAAAGAUCCCCAAUUUCAAUCCUUCAAUUUAAAGUGAUCGGACGCCGUAAAUAAAUAUUUCCUGUGCUCUUUGCCAUUUAACGCGAAUGCUGGGGGUAUUGCCUGCAUGUAAAAGAAUUACCUCUGCCGUUUAAAUCUGCCAAAAAGAGGAUUAUUAUGUAGAGAAUCUAUUCAUCUCUUAACAUGUUGAAGUUUUUCUUUUUUAAAAAAUUUAAGGACCCAGAUGCUCCAGUGAGACAGAACAGACCAAUUGCAGAUCUUGACAUAGUAAGUGUGUUUAUAUUAUUUUACAGCAUGCAUGUAUUAUCUUCAAAAUAUUCGAUUGGGACAAACUGUAAUGCGUCCGGUUGUUCCUUUCACACACUUUAUUAAUUUAUUUAAAUAAAACAGUUUUAAGGUUCAAAAUGUUUUAUUGAAUACCUUGCUUCGACUUACAAAAUUAGUGAGACGUCAUGUAUUAGAUAAAUUUCUUAUAACUUAUUACAGGAAGAUGAGAAGCGCCUUCUUAAGCAUUUGUUUGCUUACAUUCGAGCUGGUAAAUUACAGCAGGUAUAACAUUUGGAUGAUUCCAUGCAAGUUUUUAUGAAAGACUGUUUCUGUAUAGAAUAUUUCUACUUCUCUAGGCUCAAGAACUGUGUAUAAAGUGCGGUCAAGCUUGGCGAGCUGCGACGAUGGAGGGCUGGAAACUAUAUCACAAUCCAAACUCACACAACAAAGGUUGGUGAAGAGACCUUAGGCAUGGGGUUAGGAUAAAACGCGGAUACGGACGGAUGGCGCACGACUUAUUUUUAAUUUUUUUUUAUUAGUUUUACAAUAAGAAAUUGAAGGCACAGACAACAGGACUAAUAAAGUCUCAAAUUAAGUCCUGCCAUACAUAAAAAUACUACGCUAUACUAUACUAUAAACGGUUACAGAAUUAAUUACAUUCGUACAAAAACUCAGAACAUGCACUUCUACGAACAACAAGACAUAAAACAAGAACGACAUUUAGAGCAAAACGUUUUCCACGUCCUUGGCCUAUUAACAUCAAAACAUGAAGGCACGAAAAAGUUUUUGAACCAUAUCCGCGUUUUAUUCUUUUGAGCUCGGAUAUGACUGUUAAAUGACAUUUAAUGAGAACAUAAAGCCCGUUCUCCACUAGGCGAAUUUAUUCGCGCGAACAGAUAAAAAGUAGGAAGCGAUCCUACUUUUUCGCCGCGAAUUUUUUCGCCGACCAAUCACGUUGCCGGAUUUCGGUUUUCGCUUCGCGUCGCGCGAACAAAUUCGCGUAGUGGAGAAUGGGCUUAAGUCGUCCGUCCGUCCGUCGCCAUCCGUGCGUCCAUAUCCGUUUUAUGGUGAAAAUAAACACUAUGAUUUCCAAGAAUGAAUAAAUUAAUCUUUCUUUGAUAGUGACACGUGGUGUAAUUCAUGUGAUAAACUUUUGAUUCUCAGUUCGUUCAAUAAGUUUUAUUUUCCCGGAAAUGGUAUGAACUGCUAGACAAUAGACAGAUCUAGAUCGAGGACGCGGACGUCAAAGACGACGUCAAAAUGGCGUGGCAUAUCCAUACAUGGGCACAACACGCCAUUUUCUCAUCGUCUUUGACGUCCACGUCCUCGACCUAAAUCUGCCUAUUAACAUAUGACAUCGAACCUAACUUCCAAGACCUAUAGUCAUGCCUUGUUACAUUUCAACAACUUUUUUAAAACGUCCUUAAAUUGUUGACUUCGCAUUGAAUAGAUGAACGGAUUAAUAAUCCCGUUGGUGCAAGUCAACCAAACACUGAAAAUGCCGAUUCUCUUCACAAGGCAGGAAUGGCCACUAUAUACAGCAUACACAAUUUCCAUAGCAAGUACGGGAAUCCAAACUGUGACCAAGGCCAAUACAACAUAACCAACUGUCUUGGCUAGCUUGACUUCAUAACUCUGGGUAUUUGAGACUGAUACAGUAGCAUUUGGUAUACCAGACACUUGUUUUUUGGAUAAACGAACAACCUUAAGAAUUUUUAUGUAGCAGUAACAUAUUAUAAGCAAUGGCACUAAAACAUGUACUACCAGGAACGGGUAGUAAUAUUCAUAAGGUACAUUCCAUACGUACUCAUUACUCGGUGCUUUGGCAAAAGUCAAGGAGAGCAGUGAUACUAUAAUUCCACUGUAGAUCCAUAUAAUAAUCAAUACAGUGAAAACCCAUCUUGCACUGAAUCUAUCAGACAUAUUAAUCUGCUUUGUAAUAACCAAGAAGCGGUCAAUAGUGAUAGCAAGAACUGUCAGGAAAGGUACGAUCAAAAUGAAAUUCCACAAGGAGUUGUAAAUAUUUACUCCAAUCGCACCAAGAGGCCAUUGAGGCGACGUCCAGACUUCUAAAAUUUGCAGAGGAGUUAUAGUCAGCGAGGUAAACAUGUCCGCCACAGAUAGACCGACCAGGAACCAGUUUGAUUUGAUUUCACGCAAACGAGAGCGAACAACAGCAAUGCAUAUCAAAAUAUUUUCGAACAGCACUAAUAACAAUGUCAAGGUAAAUACAAGUGUCACUGGAAAAAUGAAAUGCAAAGAAUACGAACAGGAUGUCGAUGAAUGAUUUCCUUCAGCCAUUCAAAAUAAAUAUUUAAAAUACAGCUUCUCAUAAAUAUUUCGUUUCAAACUUUCGAUACUCAUACAAUCCUAUAUCAAGGGCUUCUUCUUCCGUGUUCGUUUAUAUUGAUGAAGUGUUUUUCAAGAAUAACAAUACUAAAUCUAAAUAAGAAUGGCAAGAUUGUGUAAUGUGCAAUUACGCAUGACGUUUCAAAUGUCACUUGACUAGCUGUUUUUUCAGCACAACUCCAUAACAGCAAAACCAUUCUCUGAUGCGUCUCAAUGUUUGCAUGCAAGAUUCCAUAAUAUUACAAUGGGGAUACAGAAAAUUGAAUGAACAAAAAAAUAAUUUUGAUCUUUUCAAAGUAAUUUAUUGGACUUUUAACCUUCUCUUGGACUUUUAACCUUCUCUUAAUCUCGAAAUUCUACCAAUAAAUAACAUUGCCGACUGUAUCGUGAAAUAAUUUAGGACUAAUAAAGUCGCAAAUUAAGUCCUGCCAUACAUAAAAAUGCUAUGCUAUACCAUACCAUACCAUACCAUAUACCAUACCAUACCAUAUAUCAUAUACCAUACCAUAUCAUAUAUCAUAUACCAUACCAUACCAUACCAUACCAUACCAUACCAUAUCAUAUCAUAUCAUAUCAUAUAUCAUACAAUAUCAUACCAUACCAUACCAUACCAUAUCAUACCAUAUACCAUACCAUACCAUAUCAUAUACCAUACCAUACCAUAUCAUACCAUACCAUACCAUACCAUACUAUAUUAUAUAAUACCAUACCAUACCAUACCAUUCCAUACCAUACCAUACUAUAUUAUAUAAUACCUUAUUGAAUUCUGAUCGUUUAAUUGGCUGUUUAUGGUCACGUGCUAUUGAAUAGAAAAUUCCAUUUCCCAAGAGUGCAAUGGAAUACGUUCCAUUGCACUCUUUGCGAGUGCAGUUGUACUAUACGUUUUAUUCCAUUGCACUCUUUGUGUUUUCGAUAAAUUGCAUCCGUCAAAAUGCUUUUCAUGUGGAUCUAUUAGUCAUUUUGGUAUUAUAUAAAACAAAUAAUGAGUGUUUUUAUUCGUGCAAUGGUAAGGAUAUUUUCAUUCGGUGAAAGCAUAAAUUAAGGAGCUGAGGCGCCCGAGUAAUCCCAACCCCUCAAAAUCGCAGGUUACGCGGGCUAACGUGAAAAUGAACACUAUGAUUUCCAAGAAUGAAUAAAUUAACCUUUCUUUGAUAGUGACACGUGGUGUAACUCAUGUGAUAAACUUUUGAUUCUCAGUUCGUUCAAUAAGUUUUAUUUUCCCGGAAAUGGUAUGAACUGCUAGACAACAACAUAUAACAUCGAACCUAACUUUCAAGACCUAAAGUCAUGCCUUGUUACAUUUCAACAACUUUUUUAAAACCUCCUUAAACUGUUGACUUCGCAUUGAAUAAAUGAGCGGAUUAAUAAUUCCGUUGGUACAAGUCAACCAAACACUGAAAAUGCCGAUUCUCUUCACAAGGCAGGAAUGGCCACUAUAUACAGCAUACACAAUUUCCAUAGCAAGUACGGGAAUCCAAACUGUGACUAAGGCCAAUACAACAUAACCCACUGUCUUGGCCAGCUUGACUUCAUAACGCUCGGUAUUUGAGACUGAUAGUGAUACAGUAGAAUCCAAUAUAGCAGACAUUUGUUUUUUGGAUAAACGAACAACCUUAAGAAUUUUUAUGUAGCAGUAACAUAUUAUAAGCAAUGGCACUAAAACAUGUACUACCAGGAACGGGUAGUAAUAUUCAUAAGGUACAUUCCAUACGUACUCAUUACUCGGUGCUUUGGCAAAAGUCAAGGAGAGCAGUGAUACUAUAAUGCAACUGUAGAUCCAUAUAAUAAUCAACACAGUGUAAACCCAUCUUGCGCUGAAUCGAUCAGACAUAUUAAUCUGCUUUGUAAUAACCAAGAAACGGUCAAUAGUGAUAGCAAGAACUGUCAGGAAAGGUACGAUCAAAAUGAAAUUCCACAAGGAGUUGUAAAUAUUUACUCCAAUCGCACCAAGAGGCCAAUGAGGCGACGUCCAGACUUCUAAAAUUUGCAGAGGAGUUAUAGUCAGCGAGGUAAACAUGUCCGCCACGGAUAGACCGACCAGGAACCAGUUUGAUUUGAUUUCACGCAAAUGAGAGCGCACAACAGCAAUGCAUAUCAAAAUAUUUUCAAACAGCACCAAUAACGUUGUCAAUGUAAAUACAAUUGUUACUGGAAUAAUAAAAUCUAACGAAUACGAACAGGAUGUCGAUGAAUUACUUCCUUCAGUCAUUCAAAAUAUGGUUCAAAUUCAAAGUACAAAUGAGACAAGACAAACUUGAAACCUGAUAUUAAUUAAUUUACGCAAUAACUUAACAUCGCAAGUACACGUGUUAAAUAUUUAUUUCUAUAAAUAUUUCUUUUCAAAUCUUUCGAUACUCGCACAAUGAAUCAAAGACAAAGGCUUUUUCUUCCGUGUUCGUUUAUGUUUAUGAAGUGUUUUUCAAAAAUGACAAUGCUAAAUAUAAAUAAGGAUGGCAGUAUUGCGUAAUGUGCAAUUGCGCGUGACGUUUCAACUGUCACUCGACUUUAACGCGUAAAAAUCUCACAUCUUGUAGCAAGCCUGCCAACAAGCUGUCAACAAGUUGUGUUCGCACUGCUUGUCCCAAGUUGUCAACAAGUUUGGAACAAGCUGUUAACAAUUUGUAACAACCUUGUUGAUAUUAUCAGACUUGUUACAAGGUUGUUCCAACAAGUCCGAUACAGUCAUGAUAUAACGAUAUUGUUACAACCUUGUGUCGUCAACCGUGUAACAUUCUUGUUCAUCAUGACUGUGUCAGACUUGUUAGAACAACCUUUUGACAAAUCUGAAAAUGCCAUCAUUCAAGCUUGUUACAAGUUGUUAACAGCUUGUUCCAAACUUGUUACAACAACUGGGAACAAGCAGUGCGAAGACAACUUGUUGACAACUUGUGAACAGAUUUGUAACAACUUGUUUGCAGACCUGUAACAACUUGUGCAUUUUUAUGUGUGUAGUUGUUUUUCCAGCACAACUUCAUAACAACAAAACCAUUCUCUGAUGCGUCUCAAUGUUUGCAUGCAAGAUGCCAUAAUAUUACGAUGGGGAUACAGAGAAAACUGAAUGUACAAAAAAAUAACUUUGAUGUUUUCAAAGUAAUUCAUUGAAGUAUUAAUCACCUCAGUUUUACUUGGGCUUUUAACCUCUUAUAAUCUCGAAAUUCUACCAAUAAAUUAAAAACGUUGCCGACUGCAUCUUGAAAUAAUUUAACAGAUUUCCUCAUUAACAUUCCAUACACGUCAGAAUGUACAUUUUAAACAGUUCGCGGCUACGAUUUCUGAUCGUUAUGCAGCAUUAAAAAAUCUGUUCUGCUUGUCUUCAGAUACAAGUAACACGAGAAACAUUGAACCAGUGGAGGGAAAUCCUAAUCGUGAUAUUUGGAAAAACUGUUGCUGGGAUUUAAGUGAACAGGUAUAUAUGACAACCUUAUAGUUUACAAUGUUCGACCUUUCGUGCAAUGCGAGGAUUUCUUUAACAAUAAACUAUAGACUAUCUAAAAACUAUUAAAAAAACACUAUCCACUGAUAAUUAGAACAGAAACAUCCACUGGCAUGGAUUUGUUUCAGACAGCUUUCUAUAAUGAAAAGCAGUCUUGAAGAUUGGUGCGCACCCCUGUGCACCCCCCCCCCCCUAUGAAUCCACCCCUGCAUCUAUUUAGAUGUAGGUUUAUUAGUAUAGAAUGACCAAUUGCCAUGACUAGCUUCUCCAUUGGUUGAACGAUAAGCCAUGGACGUCACUUUAACAUUAUAGUACGGUCACCAUAUGAACAAUUCAUUUCUGUUUUAAGGAAUGUUACAAUGUAUACGAGAGAGCUAUCUAUUCCGCACUUGGAGGCAAUUUACGUCAGGUAGAUAUCACACUGCUCUGCAACUAGUGUUUCGAGAUUAUAAUUUUGCCUUGGUCACAUCUGGGAUGAAUGCUUCCAAACUCAAUGCAGAUUUGUCCAGCCACUCACACGUGUUCACGCUAUGACCCACGAGAACGAUCAUUACUGGAUCUCUAGGAAGAACUGUUUACUGUUUACAACUGAUUGAGCAAUCUAGUAUAAAUAAAUUUAGUUUAGUGAGUGCUAGUAUUCUUAUAACGUUUUAUUCCCAAAUACUGCUUAUACACAUCUUUGAAAAUAAACGUGUGAAUUAAAACCUUUCAGUUAUUACCGGCAUGCAUAUCCUGGGAAGAUCAUCUGUGGGCUUAUUUUAAAGUCAUGGUCGAUGUGCGAGUUGAACAGGUGGAUUAUGCUUGCUUUUAAAAUAGUUUUAGAUUUUUAUCUUUUCCCUAAAAAUUGGUUUCAGUAUCUGUUACCUUUUCAGGUUCUUUUUCAUUGCUUCGCUCUGCACGCGUGAAAACGCACAACUUGUAACAAACCUGCAUCAGACUUGUAUACCAUAUUAUUAGAAUGCUAUAGAUAUCGAAGGAACUAGACUCUGUUCCGAAAUAUCACUUACUCGAACCGUCCUGACCGCGUAGCUCAGUUGGCAGAGCAUUGGGCUAGUAUUCCAAAGGUCGUGGGUUCGAUUCCCACCGUGGCAGGCAUAUUUUUCAAGCUCGCCCGGUGUGGAUAUACACUCAGAGUAACAUCAAAAACAUCAUAUUCACCUGAGUACAUUACACCAACACAGAAAAAAAUCACGAUUGUACCAAUGCUGUUUCAACAACUUAUUAUCAGGAUGUGUUCGCAUUCCUUGUUCCCACCUUCUUGACAAGUUGUCAACGGCUUGUUGACAAGUCGCUAUACAAUCUUGUUGACGUCAGCACACUUGUUACAAGUUGUUCCAACAACUUGUUAUCGUCCUGCAAUUCUAUCGUCCUAGAGUGACAACGUUGUAACAAGCCUGUUGCAACACAUCUUGUUGACAGGAUGAGAUCUUUAUCUUUGUAGCUUGUUCACAAGUCGUUGAUCAUAUUUUAUAUUGUUCUGCAUGAUAUACAAUAAAGAAAUGGCAAUUUUUACUUUGAUAGGAAUUACGAACAAAGGCCGACCGCGCAUUUGAAAAUCUCUGUUCAGAGUACUGGGACCAAGUGUAUGUAAUACAUAUUAUUAUUUGUUUUUGUGUUGUAUUCGUAAUAGACCAUAUUAAUCUGUAUUAUUGAAGUCAUUUGACAGAAACUUGAUUGUUCAAUCAUGCCAUGAUUCAUGUCAUACCGAUUCGAAAGGAUCUAAAUCUACCCUGUAUGCCAGGGCCAGAGAGGGAAAAAGCAAACUAGUGUUUCGUCACAUCCCCACUUAUUGAUUAUGCAUACUGCUCAAGUUUUCUAAUAAUUGUUUCUAAUGGAUUGGAAGUGAAGAAUCUGACGUUCGAGAAUGUUUGAGGCCGUUUAUUGUAAUCCAGUGCUUUACCUCACAAUGAUAAAUUGUGUAGUUAAUGUGAUCGAAUCUGCAUGUUAUAGACUGACGCAAGGCAAGGUAUUUGGAGAACUUCAUGGCAGCAAAAAUGAGGUACUACUGCAAAUUAAUACAUAUCAUUGGAAGUCAAAUAUAGUUAGUAAUUGUUAAAGUUUGAUGUUUCUUUGUUGUAUUUUAUCCAGGCCGUGCGAGAGGAAUCGAAUGCACAGUUUCACGUCAUUCAGAAGCACAUUAUUCUCAAUAACAUUGAUGGUAAGAUAUCCCUGUUAAGGAUUCCGCCCAGCUCAGAGUAACCAAACAUAUUCAAAUUCUAAUACAUCGCCAAUAAAAUGACACGAUGAAUAAAUGUGGAUUGUGUUUUCAGGACUUAUAGAAGAGAUGUUUGGAUGGCUUAGAGAUCAAGCAUUGUCCUCGCAUAUGUUGAGGUUUAUGGUGAGCAAUUUAACAAUUCAGUUGAUCUACGUGUUUUGGGCUUUUACCAAUGAUUCUCCUGGCAUACAGUAGUAUUUAUUUUUAAAGCCCAAGUCAUCAGGGAUGGAUUUACUGGGGGGGGGUACCCCCCAUAGCCUUGAAAAAAGGGAGUGCCAAUUUCAUCAAAUCCAUUUUUCAAUUUUGAAAGACAAUAUCUUGUCACCACUACCACAAUAAUGCCCCUGAACUCUUCCGGGAACAAUCUUUGGCCCAUUCUACAGAACACUGCUGUCCGUAGCUCCAAAUGAUUGUGGACUUGGUCAACGGUCGCAACCCGAACUAUUGCCAUGGGUCCCCCCCCCCCCCCCCAGAUCUGGCUGGAUGCAUCCAUGCAAGCUUAUAUCAUGCAUGCAUGUUUAUAUUAUAUAACAUGCAAUAACUCGAAGAUGAGUCGAAUGACUCUUGUUUUUUUUUAUUUUAGGCUCAUUUUAUACUGUUCCUAAGAACGGUCGGCCUUGAGACAAAAGUAUGUAAUGUAUAUAAUUAUUCUGUCCAAAGUUCUGCAAGAUAAAAAUGUCCCUUCACUCCCUUGUGAUUAAAUUCGAUUGAGAUAUAAAAUGAUUGAUGGUAUGAUUGUAAAUGCAUGCAGUUUGAGCAGAAAAUAAAAUGAAAUGUGUCUUUUUGUUUAGGAUACCAUGUGUAAAUCUAUUUUGCAAUCGUUUGUUGAGGUAAGAUAGAAACUGUAAACUAAAUAAAUGUGUUUGGACUGGAUAGCAUUAUCAGUUCUAAACUGCUCAAUGUAGAGAUAGUAACAUAGUUUCAUGUGGUAUUUCAUUAAAACAUGUACGAGUAAGUUUGAUGGUUUUAAUUGAUGGUUUGCAGUCAAUCCCUUGCGAUUUAUAAGACAAGAUGAAGGAGAACACGCCCCAAAUACAACAGCUGCUAACAUUGAAAUGAAUAUAAUUGGAACGCUACCUCCAACUGGAAAUUUGGGGCCAGACCAUCCUCGUUCCCAGGGCUUCUCGACUGCCUGACGUUGCCAUCGCAAGCAGCCGAGAAGCCCUGGGAACGAGGAUGAAGCCAAACUUGAAGGUCAGUCCCAGUCUUUUCACACUUGCGAAGAGCGUUCAAUUAGUCAAUCAUGAUAUAAACACGCGUGAUCUUACCCCCUGACACGCGUGUCUGGAUGCAAGAUUUGGCUUCAACACAAAGAUAGGCAGUUUAUCUGAAGGUAUCCUUCCAGUUCUAUUCAAUUCAAUGGCUGUUAAUGAUAAUUUUUUUGUCAUAUUGAUCCAAUAUGGCGGCUAUGACGUCAAGUGCAAACGAAGAAUAUUCAGAUAUUUUAAAGUUUGUGGCGUUCAUGUAAUUACUAACAUAGUUGUGUUUUUUUUUGUAGUUGCUGAUAAAAGAGCGUCAGUUGAAGUUAGUCGCUAUUUAUACAAGUCAUCUUCCUGCCGAUGUCCAAGUUAUUCUCUAUGCUCAAUUUCUGGAAGGUAAGAAGUAUGUGUGAUAUUUUUAGCCGUGGUCCUCUAGGGGGGUCAGGGGAACGACAGACACUUUCUUAACGUCUGUUUAAGACUCAAAAAGCUUGUUGAUUCCCUAAGUAUGGAAUGAUUUAUCAUUGUAGAUAUUACAGAUAAAGCAGAAAGAAAACUUUGCUUUGAAUUGGCGGAGUCUGCUGGCUUGGAUAUCGCAAGCAUUACUAAAACUGUGGUGGAAAAUAUUCGUGGCAAGGUCAGUAUAUUGAUUUCAAUUAUAAAUACAUGAAUACAUAGCAUAGCUAUGAAUAUCUAGGACUGUGACGACAAAUGCGAAAAACAUUAGGUUGUUGUAGACUUAUAAAUAAAUUAGUGAUAAAUUACUUUUUAUACUUAUCAUAAAUAAAUUACUUAUUGCUCAAGCACCACAAAUACUGGCUGUGCUAUGUUGAAACUUAGAAACAAUGUUUGGGAGACAUUACUCCAUGAAAAUAGAAAAUGUUCUUUCUGUAACAGUGUUUUUGAGGUUUGGUAAACAGAAACAAAUAUACCGGAGCAGAUGUUUCCCUGAUACUAAAUGUCUGUUUGCCACGAUAGGAUGAUUUUAAAAUGCAAGACGAUUCUGCUCUUGAAGCUGCCACGUCAGAGGUAAGAACUGUGUUGCACUUUUAUACGAAAUAAUUGUUACAAACCCUGCCCCAAUUCAAAUUUAUUGCAAAUUCUCCUAACCCCUUCCAAGGGGUGCAGGUAGGGUGGAGGGGUGUGGUUCAGGUUGGGUGGUGGUGGGGGGGGGGAGGACGCCAAUUUCCUUAUCAACUACAACAUUUUCACCUUAUGAAAUCCAUUAGCCUCAAAUUGACCCUUAGAACUAUCCGUAAUGAUGCUAGUAAAUAAUCUCUUUUUGAGGUGUAAUAGAUUUCCUUUGAUUCUAUAAAAUCUGUGUUACAAGUUGUGUUCCUUCACUCUACAGGAGGACAGAAAGAAAAUUGAAGCUAUAGAGUGGCUCAUUUUUGAUCCGUCUCAACGUGCUGAAGCUAUUAAACAGAGCAAUGCUAUAAUGAGAUGCUUUCUAGGUACGUUUUUAUCCCGUUUUGAAAAAUUUAACUCCCGAACCCCUACGUAUACUUUGUUGCCAUAUAUGAAGAAAAACCAGAAAACCCCAACACAAAACUGUAUUUCAAAACUGAAGAUAGUUUUACAAGUCGCUAGAAAGGAAAAAAAAAAUUAACGUCCGCUUUAUUUUGUUACGUAGCGCUAAGAAAACAUGAAGCUGCUCGAAAUAUUUUUGAAAAACUUCCUGAAGACUCCAUUGAUGUUGUACACAGACAGUGGCAAAUGAAGGUAAAUGUAGCGAACUAUGCAUGGCUAAACGAUCAUCAAAGAUCAAAAUGUCGCUUUCGUGACGUCUGAUUUGUAAACAAGGAAAGACCUGGCAACUAUUGAGAGAAACCCAUUGUUCAGAUUUAAAUGCAAGCGUUUGCUUGCUUGUUUAUAUCAAAAGAAAAUGGCAUAGUUAAUCCAGAGAAAAUUUGUAGAGAUGAAUUUCACGAAUUUACGCACAUGUUUUGUGUGGAUUCUGAGAUAUGUCGUGUGUAUGUGAGAAUUUUGUUGUUUUCAGGCUGGCGAUUCACCCCUUACCGCUCAAGAUAGUAAUUCAAUCCGUGAAUAUCUUUGUAUAAAAGCUUAUCUGGUAGGUCUUCCUGACUUUCUUCACUUCAUGUAAUUUUUGUGCAACAUGCAUACCAGUGGCGUUAGGUAGCCAUGGCAACUGGUAAUGGCUAUGGUAAAUUUAAAUUUAGUUUAAUAAACCCCACCAAUUUAGUUUAAUGGAUUUCUAUUGGUUCGAAUAAUACAAUAGUUUUAAAAUUUGCAUUGCAAGACCAGUUGCAAUGGCUGGCUUCGCCACAAGCUGAUACAUACUGAACGAUUUGACCAUGCAAGAACCUUUAUUGUAACUUACAGUAACAGUUUAUGCUUUGAAAAUUUUAGGAUGCUUUGGAAACAUUUGAUGCUUGGUUUGAACAUUUUCAUCGAAAUGCUCCAGUAAGUAUAGAAGAAAUGGAAUUCAAUUUAAGAUUGAACAGUUUCUUAGAAUUUGUAGGUGGCGGGUUUCAAUGAUGACGUCACAAUUAUGUGUGCGAUAUCUCAAAUACAUAAACCUAUAACAAAUGAACUACGUUUGCUUUAUUAGAAAGAGCCAAUUGCAAGAGGGCCUGUGUCAUUCACAGAGAAAGUCGCUUUUGAACAAGAUCUAAAACAAUACGAGGUUUGUUGAACUGAGUACGUUUUUACUUUUUUUACGAAACAAACGAAAGCGUUUCAAGGAAAGUUUGUCACAGAAACUUGUCUCGGGAAAUUAGUCAAAGGAAACAUACUGUCUGCUUUGAUACAGUGGAUACCUGACUCAGCGCGAUCGCUAGCCAACUUUGAAGUUGGUAGUGUGUCAUGUACAUUUGUUAGAAUUAUCAUACUUAAAAUGGGGCAGUGGGGGCGGGGGAUGUAACCUCAUUCACCCACAAACACAUCCCUAAUUGCAAUACCUGCUGCUCAAUACAUUUGCUCAUGGUUCACACCAAUUAAAUUUUUGUCCCUAUUUUUAUCCUUAUGAAAAUUUGGAGGAGGUGUGAAGCUCCACCGUGGUUUGAUAUAAAUAGAAAACGCUGAUUUUAUCAUGCUUAUAGCAAUAUAUUUCGCGAAAGAUCGUUUAAUUGUUAUAACGAUUGGUAUUUACCUUAUAUAAACAACAUGUUUUAUAUUCAUUUGUUGAGAAGUGGAAGGAAUUGUGUUAAUUACAUUCACGGCUUUGUGAUUCGGGUGUUUCUUGAUAAGCUGAUAAAAAUAGAAUGCAAAUCAAGACUUCGUUCACACGGAACAGAUCUUCACGAUGUCUUCACACAGAUGCGUGUAACCGGGCCAAUUUGAGCACAACUAACCGUGUGAAUUCCCAUCUGAACAAAUGGAACCUGGCAAAUUUGCGUGCGGUUUUGAAUUCCGUCCUAUCUCGCGUGAACGUAGAGCAUGUCCUUAUUCAUAAUUGCUGUUCGCUUUAUACUUGUCGUAAUAUGUUUGAUAAUCAUGGAAACUGUCGAGAACUAUUUUAUUCUAGCUAUUUCUGAAUAAUCCUGAGCAAACAUUGCCAUAUGGUUAAUAAAUUUAGUUAUUUUUUUAUUUAAUUGAUGCGUGGGAAGUUUUAUUGCUGUGAGAACGCUGCAGCAGACAAAGUGAUUAAUUGUGCAUGCAAGUAAUUGUUUGAUCAUCCAUAUCUACUAAGCAGAGAGAAUAGAUAUUAUGUAAAAAUAGAACAGCUUGAUGAGAGUUUUUUCAACUGGUGGCUAAAUUACCUCUUAUGGCAACUGGACACUGUAUAGUUCAGUGGUCAGAGCGCUGCAUAGGAAUCGCAGUGCCAAAGGUUCAAUUCCUACCACAGUGCCAGAGGUUCAAUUCCUACCACAUUGCCAAAGGUUCAAUUCCUACCACAGUGCCAGAGGUUCGAUUUCUGCCGGAGGGCAUCAUUUAGUUGAGUGGAAAAUACCAAAAAAACCCUCAGCUGCGGCCAGCCAGGUACAAAAUGUGUAUAUAAUUUUUCCCUAGAAAUUUCCAUCCACGAAAACCCUUCAAUAUUUUCCCCACAAUUCAUUCGCUUUUCGCUGUUGAAAUACAGCCUAGUAUUGAGCUUUUCAGACAUUGUAAAGGAAUAUCAGUAAUUACAAUAUUAUACAAGCGCACGCCAGCAAACAAAUGUGGCUGACCUUGAUUCCUUAAACCCUGGAUUUCCUAGAUUAUAAUUGGACUAAAUUGACUAUGGAAAAGUACAACUAAAGAAAAUAUUGAGAUUUCAAUAACAGCACUUUAGAAUAUGUCAAACCACGAACAAAAAACUUUGAACAUAUACCCUAGUUACAUCAGAGCUUUUCCUUGUUUUUUUUUUUUUGGAAAAGGGUCCCGCAUUCAUGCGCCUCAUGUUUGUAUUUUUUGCAAUGUAGGCAGAAAGAGACAGAUGGCAAAGAGCGCUAGAUUUACAUACAAAGGUAUGUUGAGAUCCAUGUACAAUUAUUUGUUUUGACAAGUUUAUUGUCUUGUAACAACUGAAAUAUUACGUUGUGAAAGUCACGGUUCCGACAUCUAUCAAGACCAUAUUUUGAUCACUGCAAUUUUUCAUGCAACUUGCAAUGCAUACAAUUAAGAAAAAAAUUGUGAAGGAAACAACUAGGGAUUCAGCAUAAUAUGUAUUACUUGUGAUUUUAGGAAACUUCACAUCGAAUAUACAAUGUUCUGUUGUUCCCAGGAGGUUGGAUGAUUGACCUUGAUGAGGUACAGUAGGUAGUAGAUUGGGUGUGGUUUGCUAAUUCACGACAACAAGAGGACCUAAAGAAAAAGCCUCAAAGUGCAGGAGAGAACCAAUUACCAUAACUGGACUUGCCCCAGUUUUCAAGCAGAUGAAAUCUGUGUAUGGUAAUCGCCCAUUUUGAUAUCACGAUUUUGGGCAUCUCGUUCGACAGAACUGAAUGUGAAUAGGUUUUUGGGUAGAUGGAACGAAAAUUUCGUACGAAUUCUUUGACAUGGUCCCGAUCGUGACGCAGAACACUAUUUCGCGGGAUCGUGAACAAAGCUCUUUCUGGGCCUCCUGCAUGAAGUCAACUUUUUGAAAAGAAGAAGCAAUGCUAUAUUAAAUAUUGGAGAUGGCUCCAACCUGAUACUUGGGCGCAGGGUCGUAGCUAGAACGAUAAUUGAGGGGGGGGGGGUAUAUUCAUAUAUUCGCGUUCUGCCCGACGGAUUUCUUUUCAAAUCGAUUGUUUUUACGGUAUGUAAACAUGAUUAUAUGAAUAUACACCCCCAUAUCGUGUCUAGCUACGGCCCUGCUUGGGCGGUAACAGAGGUGUAUCAGGUGGUCUUCACAUGACCUUGUAUUUCAAGAAGGGCGCACAAUGGCCCAAAUUUGAUGGAGGGUCCAGACAUGGGAAGGGUCCCGUCCAAUGUUUUGCAGUGUCUCAAGGUUAAGACAAGGUUGAGGCCCGGAGUAAGUUGCCCCCUUUGUCCUCCCCUCUCGAUGGUUCUGCCGUCACUGGUCCUGCCGUCACUAGGCCUAAUGGAAUGUUUGUAAUUUCAGGAAGAGGACCCAAGGGAAUCGAGAGCACGUCAACUGGGCUUGCUACGUCAGUUGUGUAUACCAUUCCUGACAUUUCUGCUGCAAAGUGUGUUAUCAUCUGCCAGUGAACAUAAACAAUGUCUUCAGCUGGCUGAUAUAAUUGCGUCAUCAAAAACGGCUUUGUACGAGGUAAAGUUCAUUGGUAUACAAGAGAUAACGUAUACCUCGCAGGAAUUUGCUUUAUAAAAUAACAUGUAUAUAACACGUGCUCUGAUUGGUCGAAACCUGUGUUUGGAUCAGGCCAUCCAAACACGGAAAUCUAAAGUGAAAGUUUUUUAAAGUGAAAUUUUAACACGGAAAGUUGUUAUUUUAUAAAACAAUUACUUUAUGGUUUCCGUGUUUGGAUGGCCUGAUCCAAACACUUGGGAAUGUUGCUCGAGUUAAGAAAAGCGCGCGAAAUCACUCGUCUUCGGCUCGUAUUUCGCGCGCUUUUCUUACUUCUCGCAACAUUCCCGCGUUCUUUGUUGCAGAUACGAGACUAUGUAUGCGUUUGAUAAGUACUGUAGAACAUCCGGGAAAACUUACUUAACAUAGAUAAUUUGUUGUGUUGCCAAUCCUAAAACCAUUCCAAAUACCAACACGCUGAUGCCGUAACGAUGUUUUUCAGGUAUUUCGCAAAGACGAAUUACGAAAACUCCUUUCAUUACUUCGACAGUCUUCCAUUCAAAUACUGGAAAACCAGAGUGAUCCAUUAGGGUAUGAAAUGAAGUGAACACAAAAGGAAUAGACGUUUGUAUAUACAUAUAUGCAUUACAUAGAAUUUCAAUAGUAUUUGACCCUGUUUUUGUACUAGGCUAGCGUAAAUAAUAUGUCGGAA